CCCACACGGUGUGGGCUGUUCCGAAGCCGUUUGGGAGGAUCCACGGAAGGAAAAGGGGGGAGGUGUAGAAGAAACAGACAGGGAAGAGGCGUAACCCCCACCGCCACCCCGUGGGCGCCCAGAUGGUGCGGCCCGCAGGCGGCGCUUGAAGCGAGAGCGGGCGAGACCAAGUGAAGAGCGCGGGGGGGGCGAGGAGAAAGAAACGGAAAGAGACUGCAGGGUGGUGGUGGGGGGGGACACGAGAGUCGGCCAAAGGAGGAGGAAGAGGAGGGGGAGGCGCGGAGGAGUGAGGAAGAGGAAGCCAAGAUGGCGGCGGCGGGGCCCGAGUCUGGGGGGAGCAGCAGCAGCAGCAGCGGCGGCCUGACAGGGGCACCGGGAGCAAAUUCUUUGAAAAAGUCACUCGAGAUGGCAGGAUCCUCGGGGCACUCUUCGCAGACGAUCAAGAAAGGGCACAGGGGCGUGGACUCCACGGGCGAAACCACCUACAAAAAGACAACAUCGUCCGCCCUCAAAGGCGCCAUCCAGCUCGGGAUCACCCACACGGUGGGAAGCCUGAGCACCAAGCCAGAGCGCGAUGUCCUCAUGCAGGACUUCUACGUAGUGGAGAGCAUCUUCUUCCCCAGCGAAGGCAGCAACCUCACGCCGGCCCAUCACUACAACGACUUCCGCUUCAAGACCUACGCCCCCGUCGCCUUCCGCUAUUUCCGGGAGCUCUUCGGCAUCCGGCCAGAUGACUACUUGUGCUCCCUGUGUAGCGAGCCCCUCAUCGAGCUCUCCAACUCCGGGGCCAGCGGCUCCAUCUUCUACGUCUCCAGCGAUGACGAGUUCAUCAUCAAAACGGUCCAGCACAAAGAAGCCGAGUUCUUGCAGAAGCUACUGCCGGGCUACUAUAUGAACUUGAACCAGAACCCCCGGACGCUGCUGCCCAAGUUCUACGGGCUGUACUGCGUGCAGGCGGGAGGCAAGAACAUCCGGAUCGUGGUGAUGAACAACCUCCUGCCCCGCUCCGUCCGGAUGCACCAGAAGUACGACCUGAAGGGCUCCACCUACAAGCGCCGGGCGUCCCAGAAGGAGCGCGAGAAGGUCUUCCCCACCUACAAGGACCUGGACUUCAUGCAGGACACGCAGGACGGCCUCUUCCUGGACGCCGACAUGUACAGCGCCCUGUGCAAGACCCUGCAGAGGGACUGCUUGGUUUUGCAGAGUUUUAAAAUCAUGGAUUACAGUUUACUCGUGGCCAUCCACAAUCUCGAUCAAGCCCAGCGGGAGCGGGCAGUCGUGGACGGGUCUUCCCACGCCGACACGCGGCGGCCGCCUCCCCAGAAAGCCCUCUACUCCACGGCCAUGGAAUCGAUCCAAGGGGAGGCGCGGAGAGGCGGCACUGUCGAAACCGACGACCAAAUGGGAGGGAUCCCCUCUCGAAACGCCAAGGGAGAACGGCUGCUCUUGUACAUUGGAAUCAUAGACGUCUUGCAGUCUUACAGGUUCAUGAAGAAGCUGGAGCAUUCCUGGAAGGCGCUCGUCCACGAUGGGGAUACGGUGUCGGUUCACAGGCCCAGCUUCUACGCAGAACGGUUCCAGCGGUUCAUGUGUAACAUGGUGUUCAAGAAAAUCCCCUUAAAACCGUCCCCUUCGAAAAAGAGUCGGUCUGGCGUCGCAGCUCCUCGGCGGUUGGGCCAGAGCGGAGCCCCUUCCCAGACGCAAGCAACGUGCGACACAAAAGCGCAGGUCACGACGGAGGCCGAGGUGGAGCCAGGUUCCCAGCUGGGCCGCCCGGACCUUCUCCCCCAGACGCCUCCCGUAGAUGAAGCUAACAGUGACUCUGCAGCCACCACGCUGUCCACCUCUUCCUUGGGGAGCAGAGGCUACAAUUCCCCAGCCAACAGGUCGGUAGGCGUCGAAGUGCACAAAUCGGGCGCCUCAAAGGAUCCGGCUCCUCCAGUCGUUCUGGAGAGCUCCGCUAGUGCUUCCCUCGGACCCUCCAUGCCAGACCAGCCCUCAGGGCUGACGGAGCAGUUUGAAGAUUUACCCGAGACGGAGAUCAGCUUUUGAAACGCGGGGUUUUUUUUGAUGUAAGCAGAAGACUCCUUCCCGGUCUGUGAAGUCUGAGAAACCUCCGGCCCUCCCAGGCAGCUGAUAUCUAGAACUUUUUUUGACCUGAACCGCCGAAUCGCACGGAAGGUCAAAGGCUGGGGGCGCACCCAGCGGUGUAGUGUUAGCGACAACGUACCGUUCUCCGGAGCACGUUCGCUCUCAAAAGGCUGCAGAUUUCCUCCGGUUGUCGGCAUAGAGGCAAUCCCUCUCCCCCCCGGUCCUCUGCGGGGUUUCGCGGGUCACCUCUCAAGAAAGGGACGGGUGCCCUUGCGUGUGGACCAGGCCCCUCCGAGGGCAGAGUCGGUUCCCCAGCCGAGAAUCCCCGUCUGUGCCCCGGUUCCUCCAAAAGGGGGGAGGAGAGCCCCACUCGGAACAGGUCAACGUCGUCAUCACACUUUUUAUUUCAAACUUUCUAAAACCGUAUUUAAACUUUCCCCCACCCCCUUAAUUGCCAUAUCAGGUUGUUGGGUUGUUGUUGUUCUUAUGUGGUUUUUAGGCCCGGAAAUACCCCACCACCACCACCACCCCGCCCAAAGUUAACGCACCAAAAACGUCUCAUGUCCGAGAGAGAUGUUCCCCCCCCCCCUUUUUCUGAUUGCAUAUCCGGGGUCUCACGAGAGAUCAAGGGAGCAAAACAUUAGCCCGCGUGCUAAACUUGGUGGCGCAGGAGGCUUCUCCCCCGGCCCAGUAGAGACACAUAGUGGUGAGGAAGAGGAGGGCGAGCCUGUUUCUUCUCUGUCCCUUGCCUUGGUGCUCUUUCUCUACUUGGGGGGCAGGGGGAGAGAGGGUAGCACGGUGGGCGAGAGAGGGGUGCCGCGCGGGGCUCUGGUUGUUCAGCUACACCGUAUUAAGCGUCUCCACCGAGAAGCGAGGACAGGUCAGAUGCGUUGGGUUUUUUUAAGCCUUUAGUAUUUUGCUAAUGGACCAAACUUAUCCCCCUUUCCUUUGGGAGGGGAGAUGCUCCUCCCGGUCUCAGUAUUAAGCCUCCCUAGGGUCCCCAGUCCCCUUUUUUAGAAAAGAGAAAAAUCUGACAGCAGUGUGCUUGGAUCCUGAUUCUGGAGCCGUUCCGCCUCGGGCUCUAUAAAAAAGGCCAAUUUCCCUCUUCUUUUUAAGCUGCCAUUUUUUCCCCUCCCCCCCCCCCUCAGUUUCCAGGAUUUUAUUAUUUAUUUUUUUUAAUGUUCCGUGCCAGAGGAGACGGAAGGAAGCCUAAAACUGUCAAGACAUGCAUGGCUGUAGUUUCGUACCUGGGGAGUCCUGCCCCUGCCCCGCGUCAGCCAGUUGGGAUGAGCCUUAUGCCGGGUUGGUUUUCUUUUUAUUAGCUCGCAUUUUCUUAAAGAGCAACAUGAACAGAUCAAGCAAAAUCUUAUAGCCCUUACCCCCCAAAAAAAGAAUCUAUAUUUAUCUCUAUGUGUACCUUUUAUACAAAAUAUACGGCAGGGGAUAUUUCUUUCUUUCCCCCCUUCCUUCGAAACAAAGAGUUUUGUAUUUUUCUGUCAAACCGUUGCAAUAAGACAUGUAGAGGUUCUAGCAAGACAGGUUCCUCCUUAUUAAAACUGGUUGCACAACUGACGCUCUCCCAGUAGGAGCUAACCGUGAAGAGCCUUUUCAGAAUCCUGUGCGGUGGCUGUCAUUUCCUGCCUCUCACAAGGGUUCGGGAAUAUUGGGGACCACCUCACAGGCUUCUACAGACCCCCCCUUCCCUUUUCAGAGUCAACCACGGGAUGGUCUACGCUGAGCAUAAUGCUGGCGACGAGGGUUCAGAGAUAGCCAGGAAGCAAAUUGCCUGCGGUUAACACGGAUCUAGGGACAGAGAAGACACUGUGGGUUGGAUUCUGUGGGUCGGAUUCUGUGGGUCACUCCUCCCCAAGGGUGAUGCUGACCCCGAGGGGGAGAGCCCUCCCCGAUCUCGAAUCUGCGGAAAGGUCCUUGCAUCAGGGAAACAAGCCCCCUUCAGUGGAACGGAUGUACAGUAUCUGGUCCUAUAUAUCAGCUAAUGCUGAAAUGGCUUCGGCCCAUGAUGAAUGCCGAAGCGCUUCCCCUGUCUUCGACCUGUCAGAAAGAUUCGGAUAUGUCCACCCACCCCCCUCUCGGGAGUGAAUUUUAUUCUCCUGUCCUUCUAACAUCCGUGAAGAACUCCAGUGUAAAAGCCAGCUCCGUGCAAUGAAAAUUCUUUUUUUUAAGAAAUGUUUUUAGGGAAUUCUCGCAAGUUUUUAAAAACACACAGCUUCCCUCUCCUUUCCCCUCCCCUCCCGUUUGCAGAGUUAUAUUUAACUGUCUAUAUUAGACACUCUCUGGUUUUUCUUUUUUCCUGAAAAUGUUUCGGCAGUGCUUCGUUUUACGCUACGAGGAGGAAACAGGAACAAUAUGUCGGGGUGGGGUUUUUUCCCCUUCUUCUUCCCACAAUGCUACUAUUUAUGAAGUUGUAUUUAAGUACCAUCCUCCCCCUUCCUGCGAAAUUUAGCUGUUUUAAAUGGGGCGGGGUGGGAGGGAGAUGACGUUUCCUUUAGCGCUUCAUCAUAUAGACUUUGCUUUGGACGGUUUUUGAGAGAACAGCGGAUGGGUGGUUUUGACCGACUUUGGUUGUACAACAAAAAGCCAAGCGUUGAAUCGCUUUGGACGUCCCGAGUCUCCUCGCAAAGGAACGAUGGUGGAUUUACGGCUAGGCUUGGCCCCUCUCGGGACUUCUCCGUGUCUCCCUUCCGGCUGCUCAGCGGAGAAGAGGAAGGCCAGGAGGUGCCGGCUCCGAUGCCCCCCCCCUCGGGCACCUCACCGCUCAGUCCAGUCCCCCCACGCCAGGAUCCAUCGCUUGCUUUGCGUCGCGGAGAAGAGAUCCUGGGCUCCGAGCUUAUCCAUCCCAAAAGUGCCGUCUUGUGGAUUUUCGUCACUUGAAACCCUCGUGACUCUUUUUAUUUUGGUUUUGGGGCAUCUUACCGCCUGUUGAAAUGGAUGUUCGGGAGGGGCAAUAAAAACCAGAGGUCUGUUUUAUCAGUCGUGUCCCUCCCCUGUGAGGGAUGGGACACAACUUGCAGUAUGCGACU